GGGGAGGCGCAGCUGGUUGUGGUGGUGGGUGCAGCAGUCUGAGGGGCUCCCGGAUCUUGGUGAGUCCGGGCCGGGGAGACCGGGCGAUGGACCGAUUGGGGGGUGCAGCAGGUCGUUGGGCUGGGGAGAUGUUCCGAACGGCAAUCAUGAUGGCUGCCAGCCUGGCUCUGACAUCAGUGGUAGUGGCUCAUGCCUAUUACCUGAAGCACCAGUUCUACCCAACAGUGGUGUAUCUGACCAAAUCCAGCCCCAGCAUGGCAGUUCUCUACAUUCAGGCUUUCGUUUUGGUUUUCCUCCUGGGCAAAUUCAUGGGGAAAGUGUUUUUUGGCCAGCUCCGAGCAGCAGAAAUGGAGCACCUACUUGAGAGAUCAUGGUAUGCGGUCACGGAAACUUGCCUGGCCUUCACCGUCUUCAGAGAUGACUUCAGUCCCCGCUUUGUGGCCCUCUUCACCCUCCUCCUGUUCCUCAAGUGCUUCCACUGGCUUGCUGAGGACCGGGUGGACUUUAUGGAGAGGAGUCCAAACAUCUCCUGGCUCUUUCAUUUCCGCAUAAUCUCUCUGAUGCUCUUGUUGGGUGUCCUGGAUUUCCUGUUUGUCAGCCAUGCCUACCACAGCAUCCUCACCCGGGGAGCCUCCGUCCAGCUGGUCUUUGGGUUUGAGUAUGCCAUCCUCAUGACCAUGGUGCUCACAAUCUUCAUAAAGUACAUUCUGCAUUCAGUCGACCUGCAGAGUGAGAAUCCAUGGGACAACAAGGCCGUCUACAUGCUGUACACGGAGCUCUUCACAGGCUUCAUUAAAGUGCUGCUGUACAUGGCCUUCAUGACCAUCAUGAUUAAAGUGCACACUUUCCCUCUCUUCGCCAUCCGGCCCAUGUACCUGGCAAUGAGGCAGUUCAAGAGAGCUGUGACUGAUGCCAUCAUGUCACGCCGCGCCAUUCGCAACAUGAACACUCUAUACCCUGAUGCCACUCCAGAAGAGCUUCAGGCCAUGGAUAAUGUGUGCAUUAUCUGCCGGGAGGAGAUGGUGAUGGGUGCCAAACGCCUGCCAUGCAACCACAUAUUCCACACCAGCUGCCUGCGUUCCUGGUUCCAGCGGCAGCAGACCUGCCCCACCUGCCGCAUGGACGUCCUCCGUGCCUCCCUCCCCACUCAGUCCCAAACGCCACCCGAGCAACAGGAGCAAGCGCAGCAGCAGCAACAGCAGCCACCGCCGCACCAUACUCCACUGAUUCCCCAGCCGCCUAACUUCCCCCAAGGAAUCCUGCCCCCGUUUCCUCCUGGGAUGUUCCCUCUCUGGCCUCCCAUAGGUCCAUUUCCUCCAGUGCCUGGUGUCCAACCACCCAACAAUGCAGAGAAUCCCUCUGCUGCUUCCAGUGCACCCUCCACUUCAGGCAUUCAGACAACAGCGAGUACCUCGAGACCUGGUGGUGAUUCAGCAUCUGGAUCUGACACUGCCCCUGUGGGAGCAGUGCCUGGCUUUCCCUUCCCUCCCCCGUGGAUGGGAAUGGCAUUGCCACCUCUAUUUGGCUUCCCUCCCAUGCCUGUGCCACCCGCCGGGUUUGCUGGGUUGACAGAUGAAGAGCUCCGUGCCAUGGAAGGCCAUGACCGGCAGCAUCUGGAAGCCAGGCUCCAGUGUCUGCAGAACAUCCACACGCUCCUAGAUGCAGCCAUGUUACAGAUAAACCAGUAUCUCACCGUUCUGGCGACCAUUGGGUCACCCCGUCCUACGCAGCUGCCAAGCUCCCUAAACACUUCGACCUCCUCUCAAGAGACACCCACCAGAGAAUCCACCACUUUCAAUUCACCCGACAGUACCUCUUCCCCAGGGACCUCUCCAGCAGUGGAACCAGACUCAACAGGUCAAACAGAUGAUCCAUCUGGAUUGGUGGGUGCAGAGGGAUACACCGAGCCAGCCGGGCACGAGGAAGAAGAGGAUCAGCCUUUACCGGGGGAGCCUGACACAGCUGAGCUUCGCAGGCGCCGGCUUCAGAAACUGGAAUCCUCCUCUCCCCCUUCCCAUUGACACCCCUCCCACCCCCCUUUCCUAAGUACCUUGUCUUGCCUGGGUUACCGUUUGACACUGACUUUUUCUUUUGAAAAGCAGCGUGUGCGGUGGUGGUUGGGGAUGCGACAAGAGAAGUGAGACUCUGCUAUCGCUCUGUUUAGAAUGUUCUAACCUGCACCAAGUGCUGACUUGACAUGAGAGUGCUAGGGCCGCUAUGCUGGGGCUCAGAAUUGACUCUUUAAUCUGCCAUGGUUUCUAAUUUAAAAACAACAACAACAACAACAACAAAAACCCACCGCCCAGUCUGCAGCUGUCCUCUCUCUGAUGUGCAGAUUCAGUCAUACCCACCUGUGCACUAACUGUUCUAAUUCCAGAGCCUUCCCAGCAGCAUUCCCUGAAAAGCAGGGUCCUUCUACAAAACACGAUGCACAGGGCUGAGGUGGUCAGACCCCAGGGAGUUCCGUGGUGUGCCACUUAACUGCAGUGGGCAUAUCUAUUGUUUAGAAAGCUGCCCUUCCUCCCCCCAUCCGCCUAACAGGAGUUGGGUGGCAACUUCUCAAAAUAGUUCUCUUCUGCUUUAACCCGGUUCUUUCUACCUCUGUGGCAUUCAUGUGGCGGCUGGCCUCCAUCCUCAAGCAAUGCCUUCUGGGCUCAUCCUAACAAUGUUAAUGUCUAGCUGAAGGAAGUCCAUAAGAAACAUGCUCCCAUCAUGAAAGGGGGAAAGAGGUGUAUUUCCUUAACAAACUACCCAUGGAAGGAUACCUGUAAGUGAGCAUAGUCUCAGCUUUAUAUGUAGGAGCAAUGUAUGUAGGUGACUCAGUUCAAGGUGAGAGGAGUUCAUGAAACACACCUGUCGUCCCCGGCUAAUACUCAGCCAGAACUCCCAAGACAGUUAAGCCUAAGGAUGGCAGGAUCCAGACCCUAGGUGUUUCUGGUAGUCAUUGCUAGUUUGGCUUGGUUUGUGGUGGGGUAAAGUUAAAACGUCAACCAUCGCUUCUGCUUUAUACCUUUUUUUGAAUUUAUUUUUGUUGAGUGAGGAGCACUGAAUGGAGCAGUGGACGCUGUGGGAGAGUUGUGAGAUUGCUUUAAAGUCCAUUUUUAACUUUAUUUCCUCUCUGCGUGCUCUAGUGUGGGUGGAGAUCAACAUUCUGCAUCAUCUGAGGAAGCCCAGUGGGGGCUCUCGCAAUCUAGAAUUUAACUUAGUGCAAAUGACUUCAGUAUUGAUCACAAACUGUGAUGCUUAAAGAGUUUUAUCCAAAUGGCAUUGGGAUGAUCAUCUUAGAAGGGGAUGAUCGUGCAGUUAAAACCCCUCCCCUGGAUUACACUGCUCAAAUAUUCAUCCCAGCAAGAAGAACAUCUUCUGGAUGUAGAAUGGAGUCUGCUAGACCUUUGAAACCAGAGUAUUGAUUUGCCUGUGUUUAGCAAUGAAUCUAUGCUGAUGGCACAGAUAGCGAAGAAUUUAGAAGUUAGUCAGAUGUAGUUAAUAUUCCCCCCUUCUCUGUGCCCCACGACCAGAGAAGCACUUGUCAUGUUUCCCGUAUCGAAGAAUUGGAGAAGUUGCAGUAGCCAUGGCUACUCAAUGACACUUCUGGCCUUUGAUACUCUCUAAUGUUGGCGCUUUCACAUGCUUUAUUCAUCAUAGUGACACUUUAAUUGCUAAGGAGUUGAGAGAUGAAAUGCCUCUUCACCUCCAGUCUUACUUGGAAGCGAAUGGGCCAACCUCAUCCUUUGUGAUUCUACUUAAGUCCAUGCUUUUAUGCCUGGGAUGAAAAUGGCUUAUUGGCCAGGUUCAUGUUGUUCUGUCUGUAUGCAGGCCAUGGUCCCGUAGCCAUCUUCUGUGAAUUGUCCCCAUGGAUCUUGUACAGCUCCUGGCACCACCGUCAGGUUCUCUAAGAGCUGCUUUCAAGACACAAAACAGUCACCUCUGCUUUUUAUUCUUUUUUAGAGCAGUGGCCUAACAACUUCAGAAGAGUUUAUUAGGGGUUGCAUGGACUCUUGUUGAUUGACAGUAUUAGUGGUGGAACUCCUAUAGGAAAAUACCUUUACUUUGGAUAAAUAAGUAGAAACUUCCCAUUAGCAAUGAGACCCUGCUCAUCCAGUCUGUUUUACUACCAAGACUCUGUAGGUCAAUUAAAGGACAUUAGGCUAAUUGAUAUAAGAACAUAUGACUUUAUGGGUUUGUUACUUGUAGCACCUUCACAUAUGUUAGAUUUUUAGUAACUCCUCUGCAAUCUGUCCAGCCUAGUUCUUUCCCCAGAUCCUUGCUUGCAUACCAAUGCACCUUAAAAGACUAACACCAAAUUCAAAAAUUUUUGGAUUGAUGUAAGCAAGCAAUUAAAGCGUGGUCAUGGUUAUGGACCAUGAGUUUGUUCAGUCUGUUAGUAAUCAGCUGGAAAAGGCUCUUGGCUACCUUGGCCAUUACGAUAGGCUACUUCUGUCCCUUUUUGUGUGAGCCUAUAUAAUUUUAAAAACAGGACAAAUAGGUUAAGACAACAGGCAAGGAUAUUAAAGUCCUUAAACAUUGUGUUUCAAAAAAUGUAAUUUGAGAGGACUAAUCUGACUUGUAAUUGUUUGACACGUCUCCUGAGUGUAAGUCAUGACAGGGGGAUCACUUAAGUGACUUAGGAGCACCAGUCCUGUUGACUUUCAGUGGGACUGGUGGUCCUAAAAGUCCCCGAGUGAUUUGAAAAUCCCAUCCAAUAGAGUUAUGUGAACUCACAUACCUAAUGCAAACAUAAUACAGUAUACGCACCCCUGUAUCUAAAGGGAUAUCAACUUAAUGGGGAAGUAAGCCAUGGGCUGGAUUUAGAUAGGAGAGGUAAUGAAGGGUUAAGUAAGCAUUUUUAGUAUAAGGAAGAUGCUCUGCAACAGGCAAUAGAUUACAUUAUAGAACCAGCACUGAAUGAGUCCUAAAAUUCCUCUCUUCCCCUCCCCUCCCCAAAAAAACAAAAAUUGUGUGUGUGGUGACCCUAAACCGUUGUUUGCUAUUCAGUUUACUUUAAUUCAGCAGUUGGUAUAACCCUUCAGUGCUUCUCUUUAAGUGGCUUCUAAUCAUACACCUAUCUCAGGGAAACAAUCCAGAGACAGCACUUAAGGGUUGUAAAUUCGGUUAAUAGUUGAGUUCCUUCUGAAGAAGGGCAAAAGUAGUUAAAGAUUUAUAUUUUUAAAACAUAGAUCUGUGUUUUUGUUGGAGGCACAUCAGGAUUACAAUACUGGUUUGGAUGGGAGUCCCAGCCACCGAGAAUUAGAACUGAGCAUCGAGGACGGGAGUGGGUGACCGUGACAAGGGAUGGUGAUAUCUGGCAGACAGCUAGGAUCCUGGUGAUCUGGUGGGGAGAGGGUAUCAAAAGGCAACCAGGCUGCAUAUCACUUUGUAGCAAGACAGUGGGCUAAACUUGCAUUUGGUGUAAUAACUAUGCAUUCCCUCCCUUCUUUAUAUCCAAACCUUAAGAAAGAAAAACUUGGUUUUUAAGAAAGACCAACAACAAAAAGCAUGAGUAAAAUCCAUACAUAAAUGCAGACUCAUCUGUGAGUGUGGAUCGAGAACCUCCUGUUCUCUGGCCAUGGAACAUGAAGUAGUGAGAGACUGCAUUUUUUUCUUUUUUAAAGGGGUUUUGCAUGCUUGGAACAUGUGCAUUUCCUUCAGUGAGCAGAGAGGCCUUUUCUUCAUUCUAUAAAGGGACGAUAAGAUCAGUCAACUCAGAAUUUGACAUGUGGUCCUCAUAUAUCCUCUUUGAUUUUUAAUACUGAGGGUCCCCUCCUCCAUGCCCCCAAAAUAACUUGUUUGGCUCCUUACCAGAAAUAACUAUGGUAAUAUGAGGAACUCUGCAAUAACAAGCCAGCCUGCAUAAACAUCUUUAAUUCAGUGCUGGGUGUGCGGAAGAGGAGAAAACUUGGUCUCAUACUUCCAGCGAUUGCUUAAAAGGUGUUUUUUUUGUUUUGUUUUGUUUUUUUUAAAUAUGCCAUAUGUCCUGUUUAAAAUUAAAUUGUUUGAAUUUAAAGGUGGGAAUAGUUUAGGGAAGCGUCCAUAUUUUAUGUUUUCAAUUUCAAUAAAAUGACUAUUUAGCAGAGGAUGUGCUAAACUGUGCCACACAUUCCAUGAUAUUUGCAUCCUUUAGGAGUUUAUUUACAUACAUAAAUGAAGAGGAAAAUACAUAAAUGGAGAGACCAUUGGGAAAUGUUCAUGGCCUAUAUUCAUCCCAAUGGUUUCCUUUAACUUCUCUUUCAUUGUUUUUUGUGUUGCAGAGUUGUGUUGGAGGUGAAGAGGGUUUGGAUAAUUAUUUAAUUUGUAAAUAUUGUGUACAUUUUUAAUAGCUUAAAUUGUAUAUACAGCAAAAUAAAACUUGCUUUAAAGAU